AUGAGAGACGAUAGUGCGGAGAUGGAUUCGGGUGGUACUUUAGAAGUAGCUAGCUCCGCUGGCAGAGCUACUCUAGCUCUAACUCCCGUCCCCGUCCCCGUCCCCGCUCCUGUCCCAGAUCCGCAGCACUCAGCUCGAAAACUACACCUUGCGCUUCGGCGUCGCGCAGUCGAUGCUCGAAGGAAAGAGGCACGGCGUGAAAGGAGACGGAAGGAGUGUGAGGAUGUUGGUAGGGAAUUGGGGGGUUUGAGGGAUUUGCAGAUUGAGGAUGUUGAAGAUGAGGAAGAUGGAGAUGUAGAAAAAGGUAGAAAAGAUAAGAUAUUCGAAAAUAGACUUGUAGGCGGGGGUUGA